GACCCGGGCAGGCGGAAACCAAACUCUGACGAUUUCUUAUUCAUCUGAUACUACUACGAGGGCGAAAGGUGUAGCGCAACGUCUUUCUGUCGGAUUAGUACGAACAACAGUCAGUGGUAGGAAUUGGACUCGCAUAUGGUACUCCCGAAAAAAAACCCAGAUCCAUGUGCUCAUUUUUAAUAAGUGUUAUACUCAGUGUGCCGCGCAGAUCAGAUGUUGGAAUGAGUUGGCUGUGAAAGAGUGGGUGGAUACCUAUUGAUAUUCGUGCUUGACUGUUAGACCAAACCUCGUGAACAGUUUUCGUGGAGAGAUAUCAGGAUAGGUGUGUGAAUUUCGCGUGUAGAACUGCAUCUUCAGGCGGGUAAAUGAUAUCUAUUUAAGACGUUUUUUGUGGCGUUUAGAAGCAAAACUUUAUAAGAAAGAUAAUCAAGGCUAUUUUUGUGUACAGCCUUUGUUGCAAUAUAUACUCGAUUGAAGUUUAUAUAGGAUUUUUGACACUUUUCGAACACAAGGACAGAAAUGGUUGUCUUCAUUGACGUAAUUAAGGCCAUUUUGGCGAGACUACUCUUGAUCGUUCAUGCCUUCAUAUCAGUAUGGAGAGUAGUAGAAUACAAGGAGGAUCUAAUGUACUGGCUUCUGUUACUACCCUUGGUCGGGACAAUAGCCGACAUGAUAUAUAUCUUGUGGAGGAGAAAAGGCGAGGAAUGGAAAUGGUUCAGCCCCAGUAUAUUUUUUUAUCUUGGUUCAGUCCUGCCUUGCAUCUGGUGGCUCGAACUUGGCAGGUUGUAUGAUAAGAAAGAACACCUCGAGCACCUGCAUAAUCCACUUGAUAAGAACGAUACGCACAACACAUCAAGCGGCAUCAAUUUAUUGGCGGACCUGGACUCCUACGUUCAAUUGCAGCCAAGCCAGUGGACUCAGUUGAUAGAGCAGGUCAUGUUAUGCGUCCUAAUAAUAUCAAGAUGGCUGAUGCCUUUAAAACGCAAUCACAUGACCCGUGACCAGCUCUCGCAGCUUCUUCUCGUCUACCUCGGGCUGGCUGCGGAUAUCGUUGAACUUCUCGCGAUAUUUGACGAACCUGGACUGAUCGACCAUGUCAUUUUUACUUUCGCCAUAUUGGCUGCGUGGUCCUGGUCACUGAUGCAGUUUACGCUGGUUCUUACGGCGACGCGCGGACAGGCCUUCAAAACAGGACAUCGAGAUAACGAUGUGGCUGACGCCGACGAACAUGGAAGCCAGACAUCACUCCAGUUAGAGUCGGCGCCAGAAAAGAAGUCGUCAUCCGGAUGCUUCUGUUGCGAAAAUGAGACUUGGAGUAUUUUGGUUAUGUUGGCCAUGCUGGAUGCCCCGUUCCUUGUCCUCCGUCUCCUCUCGAUCUUCAUGUACAGCAUCAACACGUACACAAUCUAUUUCUUCACGGGGAAAAAUAUCCUCGUUUGUAUUCUGCAGUUCUACAGAUUGGUUAUUGUAAUCUCCGCUGAGAUGAAGAACAAGAGAGCAAUGAAGAGGGAGGAAGCUCAAAGACUGAAACCGCGGGCCGAUAAUGGAAACGGGCUUUACAUCUGUGGGGACUCUGACGUCCGGAAAAGAACCCAACACGCCACCAGGUCGAGGUAAUUUACAUACACUGUGCAUCUACACAAACUAAUUACUAAUAGAAAGGGUAAAGAAAUGGUAAGGUUAUCGUAUGAGAAUCUCAACAAAUAUUUGAUCCUGGGCUUGAAAUCAAUGUGUAAAUGUCCAACCCAUUUCAGUGUAUUCACCACAUCAUCAAUAAAUAAAUAACUUUUUGACUUUUUGACUCAUUCAGUGAGGUGAAAUAAAAAUGAAGCUAAGAACAAGGUAGUCUUUUGAGAACAUGUCUUCCCACUUAAGUCCUUAAUGGUUUUCCCACUUAAGCCCUAAGAGUUUUCGUGAAUGGUUCAAGUUUUUAAUUGAAAUUGAGGGAUUAAUCCAUCACAUGAAUAUUCGGUCUCCACCCAAACAUCACCUUAAAAGUUGAGCUGUUCAAGUAGGCCUAUUGUUCAGAUCUCAAAGAACGUUAACGAGAAUGUCAGUCAAUUCGUUAAAGAUUUUGUGUAAAUUUUGUCUAGGGCACUAAUUGCUGGUAAAUUAUAUAUUCUAAUUGCUGUGUUGAAUAGACCUUAUGUACAUACACGUGUACAUGCAUGUGCACAUGUACAUUACAUAUUACAUGUACAUAAACAUACUAGUAUGCACAUGUACAUGCACAUGUUCAUGUGUGUAUGCACAUACACAAGUAAAUGCACGUAUUUCAUUGACUCUCAUCCGAAUGACCAGUUCAGUCCAGGGUUUCACCAGCAACCUACCAAUGCAUUGCCGAUAUUUAUAGUUUUGUUAAAUACAAAAAUCAGUCCCAACCAUGUGCAUCAAUGAAAUACAGGUUGUGCAAGGUGUUGAAGUUGUUUUUUUUUCUCAUUAUAAUGUGGACAAGCUGUAAGCUACUCAAUGUCCUAUGUCCAACACUUGGCCCAAUUCCCCGCAUGAUCCAUUUAUAUUUCAUCCGGUUUUCGGAUAUACUGAAUCAAGUCUUACAUACGGGCAAUUAUUUUCCAGUCAUAGGCCCUGAAUCAGUAUUUUCAGAAAAUGGGUCUAGUUAAAACAUUGAUAGUGUGCAGCGGGUUUAAAUCGAUUCCAUCUUGCCGCCGUCUUGGUUUUCACGACCACGAGAGUCCAGUAGAAACUUUGUUCCGGAAUGUACGUACAUUAGUACACGAACGAUGUACACAUUUGUAACCGCAGUCACAACCAAAAACUAUGUUAAACGUCAAAGGUAAUAGGCCUUGCCGUAAUUUUUUGACGCCAAUCAGAUGGAUUUUGGUAUGCAUACUAUUUUUAUAUCACUCAUUUUUGACGUUACAUUCAAUACCUCUUUCGUAAAUUGUAAAAUAUCGAAUUCAAGACGAAAUUUGAAAUUUUUGAACGAGUGAACCUUGCCUUUAACAUCAGUUUUACUGGUCAGCAGUGGUCCAGAAGGUCGACAGACAUAGUGUUUCUAUUUUCCAGAGUAACAUAUGUAUGUAUCGUGUAUAUGAAUAAUCCACCAUCAUAAAUGAGCAUUAUAAUAACAUCAUAUAGAAUCAUUAUAUUGUUUAGAUAAUAGUAUAUAUUAGUUGUGAUGUUGUAAGUUUACUGGAAACUAAUCACUUUUACACAGCGUGAUAACCGGACGUUUGGUCAUGGUGGCGUUAUGGAAGGAUAUAUUUUUCUGACA